AUGUCCAAGGAGUUUCAGGGACAGAGGGAAUUUGCAGGGCAUGUGGAACCUCAAGACAGGCCUUUUGUCCGGGUUCCCACCUAUCAAAAUCAGAAAUCAAGGGUCUCAGUCCCCACCUCCUGUGUAGAUGGAAUUCUAAUGGUCCUUUUAAAUGCAGUUGUAGAAGUUAUUUCUCUCAGUUCUGCUGUCUCUGGGGCAGGUGCAGAUGAAGAUGAAAUCUCAGGUCUCAUCACAACCACGUCAAGGAAGCUAGACCGGGAACAGCAAGAUGAACACAUACUAGAAGUUACUGUGACAGACAAUGGUAUGCCCCCCAAGUCAACCACUGCAAGGGUAAUUGUGAAAAUCCUUGAUGAAAAUGAUAACAAACCUCAGUUCCUGCAGAAGUUCUACAAAAUCAGACUCCCAGAGCGGGAAAAAACAGAACGAGACAGAAAUGCCAAACGAGAGCCUCUGUAUCGUGUUAUUGCUACAGAUAAAGAUGAAGGUCCCAAUGCAGAAAUCUCCUACAGCAUCGAGGAUGGAAAUGAGCAUGGCAAAUUUUUUAUUGAACCAAAAACUGGAGUGGUUUCAUCCAAAAAGUCAUCUGCAGCUGGAGAAUAUGAUAUUCUUUCAAUUAAGGCAGUUGAUAAUGGUCGUCCUCAAAAGUCAUCAACCACUAGACUCCAUAUUGAAUGGAUCUCUAAACCCAGACCAUCCCUGGAGCCAAUUUCAUUUGAAGAAUCAUUUUUUAGCUUUACUGUAAUGGAAAGUGAUCCAGUUGCUCACAUGAUUGGUGUGAUCUCCGUUGAGCCUUCCGGCACACCUCUUUGGUUUGACAUCAUUGGAACCCCUCCCUUCACUCCUCCCUUCAGGCUGUGUUUAGCUGCUAUUAGCAAUAAGAUGCUGAUGGCAUCACCCCCAUGCUUCACAUAUACUAAUGCUUCUCAGGUUCUAACACUUAUCAGAGUCACUGGAAAAGCUUAUUAA